AUUUUGUGAUUCCAAACCCGGAAGUGAAGAGGGUGACACCGCAGGUCCCCCAGUGUUUCUGCUCGGUGCUCCUCUGGUCUUAUUGAAGUAGGUUACAGAUCUGUAAACUGUGUUUCUGUAUUAUUUAAAACAACAGUAGGGUGUGUGAAGUUAUUUUGAAGCAAGUUUAGCGCAUAUUUGGUGAGUUUUGUUCAAACUUUGUCACGGUGUUCAGCUCGGUGAAGCUUUUAGCAGUUUAAUGUUUGCUAACAUAAAACAGUUUCUAACUAGACUGUGUAAUUUGUCAGUUUUAUAACAGAUUAUAUCAUGUCAUCUCAAAUCUCUCUUAUUUGGUUAAAUUGAACCCAAACAGUCGUGGCUUAAACGUACUGAAACAUAGAGGCAAGUGUAUUUUAGUUGUUAUUUUCACAUUAAAACUCCUGUUGUAAUUUAAUGCACAUUACUAAUUUAUAUAUAUGUUUACCUGCAUUUUAAUGUUAAUAAUUGUAGUUUCAGUUUGCUCUUUACUGUUUACUUUUUAUCUCACGAUUUAUUUUUAUUCUUUUUUUUUUUACAACGUUUUAUGUGGGUUUUUUUAAUUUAUCUUUUUAUAUAUUUUGGAUUUUGGCUCGUAGGCAUCUCUUAUUUCCUUUUUCCUGACUUAUUUAUUCUGUAAAAUAUUAGAAGAGACUUUUCAACUCAGCUUCUCAGCUCACCAACUCUCUUCCAGCAGCGAGACCUCAGGCUAGUCCAUUACAGACUACAGCUGGGUGUCACAGCUCAAGGAAGAACAUUUACGAUCAUUUCUUUAUCAUUUCCUUGAAGUAAUAAUCACCAUAUUGAUCAUUUUUCACUGAAGAUGCAGUAGUUCUUCUGCCUUAGCGUCUCUGUCUGAUUUUAUUUCCAUGAAGAAAUGAUCAUAAAUGUUCUUCCUUGAGCUGCGGCACCCCUCUGUAGUCCAUAAUGGACUGGCCUGAGGUCUCGUUACAAACAAGCGUCUGCUGGAAGAGAGUAGGUGAGUUGUGUUUAGUCUCUUUGCUAAAGAAAUGAGUCAAAGUUAAAAAGAUGUUUGGUGUCUAGUACUAUGGCUGUGACCCUAUAUGUCCUGUUGAUGAAGUUAGGUGCUGUUCUGAGCAUUGUUUGUGGCUAUAGAGUGGCGUUUUGGUUGAGCGUGUGGCUCUCUGUAUUGCUAUCUGCCAUCAGUCGUUACUAAAGUUGGUAUAACUAGAGAAGCAAGCGGUCGGCAACUUUCAUCUCUCGAACAAAGAGCUGAUUUGUGUUCAUCAUCUUUAGCUGCUUUGAGUUCUGCUCUCAGCCUGCGGGUGGAUGAAGAGAGCAAAGAAAAAUGAAAAAACAAGCUGUGACAGCAGUUUAGUGACUGUGGGAGGCAGCAGAGACAGCAGAAUGAGCAGCAGAGCUCCUAUUUAUGAAAGAAGUAAAUCUGCACCUGAUGCUGGGUGUUAAAGUUUUUCGUCUUGGCAAAAGAUCUUCAGCUGCAUCCACUAAACUUAAUUUAUGGGUUUUCCUGGACUUACUUUUUCAUUUUAGGAGGAUUUCUCUUUUGUCUUGUUUCCAGGAGUUUGGAUCCCUCUGGAUGUUGAGUGUUCGGGCUUUGUUUGGGAUUGGCUUCCUCGUGACCUCAAGGGCAUCAUCAGCUCUCGCUCAGACAGGGACAUGCCCGCUGUCUGCUUCAGCUGACAACCACAAGAGGGACUGUUUUAGUAGCAGAGCAGCAUCCACCAUGGCCCAGACCAUCAAAUAUCUGGGGUGAGGUUGCACUCUUGUACACAGAGCAGUAAAAUCAAUCAAAAUUUGUUUGUUUGGACUGUUCAGACUGAUGUGUAAACGCUCCACAGGCAGGAGGAGGCCCAGCACAUUGAUGAGGAGCUCUUCAGUGAGUACGGCUUCAGUGUGGAUCAGCUGAUGGAGCUGGCUGGACUCAGCUGUGCCACAGCGAUCACCAGGGUGAGAUGUGAGAUUAAAACAAAAAUUACAGUUUUACCAAUAAUAAAGACAAGACCAGGUCAGAUUACUUUUAACUCUUAGGCCCUGAAGAAAAAAUGCUGAAAGCCAAACGUAUGUAUGUAAUCACAUUGUUUGUCCAGCAGAGUGUGCUCUGACUGUAAGCUUGCAAGUUAACUAUGUGAAGAGAGUUACUAUAUUUCUCUUAAAAAUGUCAUAUGAGAGUGAACCUUCUGUCACGGAUUAACCUGUUUGGAGAAACCAGCUGUUUCGGGUCCCUUUGCACGUUCAAAUUGGUGCAAAAUCUGCAGAAAAAUAAAUGAUUUUUAUUCCAGCACAAAAUGUUCCUGCUUCAGAAUCCAGUUCCUGACUCAGAAAUCAGGUCUAGGUUGGACUCUUCUUGUUACAGCACUUCUAAACAAAACGAUCAACAUGAGUAUUGACUCAGGUGUCUAAUAUGAUGCUCUGCUGCUAUAGAUACAUAAUGAAUAUCUCUUAACACACUUUGCAGAAUGAGCUCACAGCUAAAGAUAGAUCUCAGUCAGGUCGAUUAAUCAGGCUAAUUAAUGUUAUUUUGAAACCACUGCCUUCGGCUGAUUCCUGCGCUCAAGUGGCUGAUCAAGAAAUAAAUAAAUAACUAAUGACUGCAGACACUGCAGGCAGCCUCAUUAGUGCGGCUGCUGUUGAUGCCUCUCCAGAUGAUAACAUGUUUUCCUAACCCUGCAUGGCAGCUUAUCAAAUCUAAAACAGUCUCCAGUUAGUUUGUAGAUAAAUUCAGUUCUGACGCUUGAAUAAGGGAGUUGAAUGUUAUUUUUGACUUAAAUGUAGACCUAAUCCAUGUAUCCAUCCACCUCACAGGUGUGACAUGUCAAGAUGCUGAUUAGACAGCAUGAUUAUUGCACAGGUGUGCCUUAGACUAGCCACAAUAAAAGGUGCAGUUUUAUCACACAGUUUUAUCUUGGCAAAGGAGAAGUGCUCACUGACACAGAUUUGUCAACAAUACUUGAGAGAAAUCGGUCUUUUGUGUACAUAGGAAAAAUCUUAGAUCUUUGAGUUCAGCUCAUGAAAAAUUGAAGCAAAAACCAAAGUGUUGCAUUUAUAAUUUCAUUCAGUCUAUUUAUCUGUUUCAUGAAUUUAUCUGAAACGUUCUAAAACACAUUACUGACGUAUUAACACAUAUAUUGGAUUUUAAUGAAUGGAGUGGAGACAUCACUGAUACGACUUAAACAGAUUACAGUCUAAAGAGAGAAGUAAUCAGAUUACACUGUCGUCACUGGAAGUGUUUCCUUUGCUGAAAGGGAGCCCUCUUCACUCGUCUGCAAAGUCCUUUUUAUAACAAAGAAUGAGAGACUGUUUUUUUCUUUCUUUCAGGCGUAUCCACUGACUUCUCUUGUGAAGACCAGACCUUCUCUGCUGGUGAUUUGUGGUCCUGGUAACAACGGAGGUGACGGCCUGGUCUGUGCGCGACAUCUCAAACUAUUUGUAAGUGCCCUUUAAUGAAGUUUCAGGAGAAGCUCUGCAGCCCUGUGCUUCUGUAAUAAUUGUUUUUCACAAUUGGCAUUUUUUGAAGACAAAAACCAGCUCAACACAGCCGUUAAAGAGCACCACACACACAGUUACAAAAACAAUCCUCUCUUAUUUAAAUCAAUCCUUAAUUAGCAUGAAGUUUGCUGGAAACUUUCGAUCUUAAUUUUCAGGCAGUAUGAAGAGUAUUUUGUCUCACAGGGUUACGAGCCCGCCAUCCUGUACCCAAAGAGGCCCAACAAACCUCUGUUCCAGGGUUUGACCACGCAGUGCCAGAAAAUGGAGAUCCCCUUCCUCACUGAGAUGCCUGAGGUUUGAUAUGAAUUAAUAAUGCAGAAGAGAUGCUUCACAUGAUCAGAUCUUUGUAAAUGAGGCAGCGGCUAAAUCUAGAUGAAGCCUUUAUUGUUCCUGUGGGGGAAAUGUGUAUUUGAUUGCAGCUAAGUGCUCAGUUUAUAAUCUAAAUGAUGCCUAAUGAGCCUGAAUCACAUUUCCAAGUUACAAAUUGGUUUUUGAAUAAUCUCUCUGGUGAUAAAAUCUUUUAUUUCUGUCUUUUUGGGCCUCUCUUUGUGCUAUUUAUCAGGCCAAAAUGAUCGAUGAGGCGUACAACCUGGUGAUAGAUGCCAUCUUUGGCUUCAGCUUUAAAGGUGCCGUUCGCGAACCAUUUGGUUCCAUACUGGAAGUGUUGAAUAAGACAACAGUCCCCAUCGCCAGCAUCGACAUCCCCUCAGGUCUGUCCUGAAAAAUUGCAUUAAAACAAACAAAAACUUCAAGAUGAUCUUUCUGUGAAUUAGAAUCUGGAUGGUUACGACUUUUUCUUGUUUUUCAAGGUUGGGAUGUGGAGCAGGGAAGCGCAGACGGUCUUCAGCCCGACAUGCUCAUCUCUCUUACCGCUCCGAAGAAGUCUGCCUCCUUGUUCAGAGGACGGUACCACUUCCUUGGAGGACGCUUUGUGCCUCCGGGUCUGGAGAAGAAGUACCAGCUUAACCUGCCUCAGUAUCCUGGAACAGACUGUGUGCUUCAGCUGUAGGAGAGAGUUGUCUUUUCCUGACCUUUAGACUAGAUUGAUACCGCUCUCAUGUCUGUGAUGGUCCUAAAAUUGGAGUUUGGAGGCACAUAAUGUAGUUUAGCAUUAAGAUGCAAACAGCCAACCUGUCUCUAUCUGAAGUGUGAAGACAUUCCUUCGUGUACUAACAGAAGUGUUACCUGAAUGAACAUCGAGGCCUUCAUUUACACUGCCGUUAUCGCACCCCAAUCCCUGCAGAGACCUAGAGUUUGCCUAAAACUCAAAAAUCAGGCUGUUAAAGUGAUUUUAAUUUUACAGAACAAGUCUGUGUUAAAUUCCAAACUGGGGUCUACAGACAGUUAGGCUGUCUUUAACAGAUUUAAACCCCACACCAGGUUGUAUUUAAAGUUGAAAAUACUGUAAAAUACUCUAAAUACAAUAACAAACAGAGAGGUUUGAGAUUUUUGUGUGCAAAAUAACAAUUACAAGAGCAAUAUUUAGUUGGUGUUCGAAGGGCUUGUGGGUGUAUUUCAGAGCGCCCCAUCUUUAAUGCUAAUAACCUCCUACUCAAGCGCUGUAGUAAUUUGUGCGAGAGUGGUAUCAAUCUUCACAACCUGAAACGAACUGCUGUGUUACUUUUCCCUUCAGCUGAAGAGUGUAAUUGGCUCUGAUUGAGUGGAUAGUAGUGAGGGAGGAAACCAAAACGUGCUGUAAAUUGAACAAAGAAUAAACAUCUUUAAAAUUCC